GCGUCGGCUUCUAGUUCCGCUCAUUCACCAGGCAGGCGUUACCGGGGAGAUCGCUGGGUAACAAAUAAAAUAAAUAAAACAAGCCGGUUACUACGAAGAGCAGUCGCAGAGCUUGGCGUCACCGGAAAGCGAAGGAUGGCGAACUAUAAGGCAGCAGAUUCCAAAAGAGAACAAUUCAGAAGGUACUUGGAGAAGGCUGGAGUGCUAGAUACGCUUACUAAAGUGUUGGUUGAGCUGUAUGAAGAGCCAGAAAAGCCAAAUAAUGCAUUGGACUUCCUGAAACAGCACAUGGGAGCUGCUGGGCCAGAAACGCCAGAUGUGGAAGCUUUGCGCUUGGAGGUCGCAGAACUGAAACAAAAGUAUGAAGCUGUUCUAGAAGAGAAUAAAGAACUGAAAGCAAAGCUUGCACAGCAUGAACCUCCUUCUGAUGAAAAAGGUCCUGAAUAAGAUUCUUUUGACUUCCUAUUUAAAUACUGCACUGGAAAUGUAAAUAAUCUAUAUAAGCUGAGGAUGUAUUCUAUUUUGGGAACAAAGGAACAAUUGGUUUAAUUUUCUUUUUCUGCUCAUAAAUAAACCAUUUGUUUAAAGCCA